CCGUUUUGUCUCUCCGCUGUCUGUGCAUAUUGGCGUGACAUAUGUCUCUCUUCACCUCAACUUUGGACAUCCAUAUUUGCCAACGUGGACAACUCAGACCUAUUGCCGUGUUUGAAAAACCUGUCAAAAAUAGUCGAAGAGCGUUCCUGCGAGCUCUCAUUAUCUCUUGAUGUAUCAGCACGGUAUCCACCGCCGGACCUAUACCUUAGCAUUCUGCAGACCGACUAUCACUGUUUGGAUUCGUUGUUCUAUGGUGGCAGCGCCAUUAAUUUGCACCGCCUGAAGAAUAUCUCCCUAGAUUUGAAUUUCAAGUUCGAUAACAUAGCGCUAGAAGAUAGCCGCAUUGAAUUUCCGGAACUGGAACAUCUCGAGCUCUGCGGAAUGUUAAAAGCAUUCUCUAAUGAGGUGGUCAUCGGUCUAUUUGCGCAUGCUCCGAAAUUGCAUACUCUUUCUUUGGGCAAUUACCUUAAUAUCGCACAUUUCCGCUUGCCAGACGAUCCACUAUUCUGGUUAUCAAUCGCGGAACAUCGACCCUUUGCAGCGCCAUAA